AUGUUCAAGUCAUUCGCCCUUCGCGCCUUGUUGGCAUGUUCCGGAGCCGUCGCGGCUUCAUCAGCCGUUGAUGGCGUACGUGAGAGUCUCCAUGCUCUCGCGGACACCCUGUCCUUCCAGGGCAACAUCUACAAGACCUACUCUCCUGUCCAGGACAAGGCGAUGGAAGCGUUUCGCGCGGUCGACGAAGCUUCUUCCGAGAUCUCUCCCUCCCGCCUGGAAAAUGUUAUGCAAACUCUCGAUCGUCUCCUUGCUGAGUGUCAGCUCUAUGUCACCGAAUCGUCCGACCCCAACUAUGUGCCAGGGGCCCUAGAGACAGACGAGUACCUGACAAAUAACGUCGCUGAAUGGAAGGUUGCCAUUGAGGUCAUGAGCGAGAACCUCGAGGAGCCGUAUGGCGACGUCACUGCCGGUCAACCUUUGCUGGGCCGCGAGAAAGUCACCUACGACACCGAGCCUGGCACCAUCUUCUCCGACGGGUACAACCUUCCGGACAUGGUCGUCAUCCCCACUGGAUCUUGCAUCGCCGGUGCUACCCCCGAGGAGCACGAAGAAUGGAACGUGGACGAGAACCGACGCGCCUUUGAGUACCCUCAGCGCAAGAUCAGAAUCAGCACACCCCUGGCCUUUAGCAGGACAGAGGUCACAGUCGCGCAAUUCGCCAGCUUCAUCAAGCACACGGGUUACAGGACCCGCGGCGGCGCCCGCUGGUGGGACGCCAGCGGGUUCGUCUUCAACCCGAACCUCACAUGGGAGUCGCCUGGGUUCCCACAGUCACCCGAUUACCCCGUCGUCGCGAUCACACGGUACGAAGCCCAAGCCUAUGCUCGCUGGCUGUCCGCCAUCACCGGUGCCGUGUAUCGCCUCCCCAAUGAGGAUGAAUGGGACUUUGCCGCCCGCGGCGGCACCAACACCACCUUCUUCUGGGGUGACACCCUUGACCUGGCGUCCGAGUACGCCAACACGUAUGACAACAGCUCCGCCGAGGUCAACCAUUUCCGCUGGCCCAGCAACAAGUUGUGGGAUGGGUUCCCGCACACGGCACCCGUGGCCUCGUUCAAGCCCAACGGCUAUGGCCUGUACGACAUGACGGCCAACGCGCGUGAAUUUAUGGCGGAUGACUGGCUGCCCUUUCUGUCGUCCGCGGACAGCGAUGGGUCUAUCCACAAGGGACCCGCCCCGUUCCCGACGGUUCGUGGCGGCGCGUGGAAUUACAACCCCAAAAACUUGCGCAUCAGCUACCGCAGUGCGUAUACCUCUAGUGAGGUGGCUACCAACAUGUUUGGCAUCCGCCUUGUUCGCGACCUCGAGUAA